CCAUGAUGCAGAUCUGCGACACCUACAACCAGAAGCACUCGCUCUUUAAUGCCAUGAACCGCUUCAUCGGCGCGGUGAACAACAUGGACCAGACGGUGAUGGUUCCCAGCCUGCUGCGCGACGUGCCCCUGGCCGAACCCGGGCUGGACAACGAUGUCGGCGUGGAGGUGGGCGGCAGCGGCGAAUGCCUGGAGGAGCGCACGCCCCCGGCCCCCGGCCCGGGCAGCGCCAACGGCAGCUUUUUCGCGCCCUCCCGGGACAUGUACAGCCACUACGUGCUGCUCAAGUCCAUCCGCAACGAUAUCGAGUGGGGGGUCCUGCACCAGCCGCCACCGCCGGCAGGGAGUGAAGAGAGCAACGCCUGGAAGUCCAAGGACAUCCUGGUGGACCUGAGCCACCUAGAGGGCGCGGAAGCCGGCGAGGAGGACCUGGAACAGCAGUUCCACUACCACCUGCGCGGGCUGCACACUGUGCUUUCCAAACUCACGCGCAAAGCCAACAUCCUCACCAACAGAUACAAGCAGGAGAUCGGCUUCGGCAAUUGGGGCCACUGAGCCGGGACGCCCCCGCCUGUCCAGCACCCUUACCGGCCCCAUCUCUCACCCUCUUUCCCUCAAAGCUAUUUUCUUUCUGGCUGUAGGGCGCGAAGGGCGAUGGGCGGACUGCAAAGUUAGGCUGGGGGGGGGGGGAGGGGUGCUGCGUACUUGCAGGGGGCGCGGCGGGGCCGCCGAGAGGAAGGGGCCUCUUUGGGAAGUGGGGAAGAGAGUGGUGAUGGGAGGCAGGAUUGGGGGGUUCAAAGAUCGCCCCUCCCGCCAGUGGGUGGUGGGGGGGGGGGCUUGUGUUCUACGUUAGUGGGGAUGGGACUGGGCUGACGCCCUGCAUUCAGCCUGUGCCUUUCUUGGAGUUUCUUUUCUGUUCUUUCUGGAGGAGAGGAGUGGAGAAGGGGCCAUGCCGGGUGCGGCGCGGGGUUGCCACACUUGGGAGCGCCCGCCCGGAGCCGGGCGCUGGGGAAGGCGGGGCGCGCAGCCUCGUACCGCCCUGCCGUUGGGCUGGUGGAGGCCGCAGCGUUGCUAGGAUUGCAUCAGUUUUCCUGUUUGCACUAUUUCUUUCUGUAACAGUGGCCCUGUCUUAAAGUAUUUCAAAUCUCCUCCUAUUCUGAAACUUCGGCGAUUCCAUUGUGAUAAGCGCACAAACAGCACUGUCUGUCGGUAACCGGUACUACGAGAUUAAUGAUUUUCUGUUACACUGUAUAGUUGUCCUGUGGCACCCCUACCCCAUCCAUUCCAUGCCCUCCCCGCCCCCACCCCAGUGUGUGUAAGCUGGCACCGUGCCAGCUUGUACGAAGCUUGCCGCUCAGCCAGUGAAAAUAAUAAUGUUAUUAUGAGAAAGUGGACUUAUCCGAAAUGGAACCAUCUGACAUUCUAUCGUGCUGUACGUAGAAUGAUGAAGCGUUCCACUGUUGUUAUAUGUCUUAAAUUUAUUUAAAACUUUUUUUAAUCCAGAUGUAGACUAUAUUCUAAAAUAAAGCAAAUGUGUUAACGAAACUCGACAAAAGUUUGUUGCUUUUUCAUCUGCCCGUGAAUGGCCUAGUAGUGAAAUAAAAAUAAAUUCAA